UGGAGCAGCUGCUAAACUCUGUCCGCCUUUUACGCACGGACCCAAAGCCUUUACGCACGGGCCCAGACCUGUCCCCGUGACCCUGAUCCACUCUCUGAGCUGUGCUGCGGUGUCCUGUGUCACGGGUGGAGGCAUGUCUGUUCCACAGCGCUCACCUGCGCGCACACAGGUGGAGUAGUCAGACAGGUUUCAGCCGGGAGCCUUUUGUUUACGCGCGUGAGGCGAUGUCACCAUGAGCGCCAGAGCUUUUCCUUUUCUGCUGCUGUGUUUCUGCUCCACAGCGGUUUCAGGUGAAGAAUCCACGGACUCGGUUGUGACAGCGGCUCCUGGAGACGUGGCUAUACUUCCGUGUUACAGCGCAGGGAACGUGACUCCAGCCGUGACCUCGUGGAUGAAAAAUGGAAAAGAAAUCAUCAGUGGAGGUGUUUCUGCGCCUCUGAACACGUCAGGCGGUCCCGGGAGCCGUGAGAGCCGUGGGAGCCGUGAGAGCCGGCUCUCAGUGCUACCUAAUGGGAGUUUGAGCAUCGGGGCCGUGGAGGUCGGAGAUGAGGCGGUGUAUCUGUGCGCCUCCACCCUGCCCGGGAACUACACCUACCACGCCAAAGUGCAGCUGCAGGUGGCCACUGGACCUGAUAACGUGUCGUUCUCCGUCGAUCCCGCCGUCGUCCUGCCCAACGGGACGUUCACCGUCGUCAGAGGAGCCGCCGUUUACUUCAUGUGCUCAGGACGCUCGUACCCGUCUCCGGAGCUGAGAUUAACGUUCAGCGGAGCCUCGAACAGCAGCAGGUCCGUCGUCAACAACACAGGAGCCGUACUCGAAUACUCCACCCAAAACAUCCAACCGAGCGCUCAGGGGAACUACACCUGCUCCGCCCACAACCCAGUGUCCCACCAGAGGCACGAGAAGAGCGCCGAGGUCCUGGUGUACUACGCCUCUGACCGUCACCCCGAGUGCAUGUGGACUCAGGACUCGUCGUUGGUUUUGUUCCACUGCUCCUGGUUCGGAGUUUUUCCCGCUGCUUUGCUGAACUGGACGGACGUUCCCAGUGGUCAGAUUUUAGCCUCUGAAGUGACGGACAGUUUGGCUCUGAAAAUGAACAGCUCGCUGCUGUGGGAGGGGCAGACGCUCAGGUGCAGCGCGCAGCACCGAGCGCUGCCCCCGGGGGCCAACAGGUCCUGUACUUUUACUCUAAAGACGCCGUACCCGCUCGGAGACCCGCUGGCCGCCGCCGUGGAGGGCACCAGCGUGACUCUGAGCUGCAGCGAGAGCACGUCCACCCCCCCCGCGGUCACCACAUGGAGAAAAGGCCUGAAACAGGAGCUCAUAAUGAACGACUCCAAGUACACGGUGACCGCCGAGGGGACGCGCUUUCAGCUGACCAUCGUGAACGUCACCAAAGAGGACGAAGGCGUUUACUUCUGCCUCAGCGAAAACCCACUGGGAGCCAAGGAGCUGGAGGUCUAUCUCACUGUGAAAUCUCCGUCGGCGUACACGGGCGCUGUUAUCGGUCUGUUUAUCGCUGUGCUCAUCGUGGGAUCGGCCGUCGUCGUGGCGAAGACCGUCUACUCCAGCAGACACAAAAUCUGCCUCAGUGGUUUCGGCCGAGUCGAGGACGACAGAGCAGAUGUUCUGAGUUUGGUGGAGUCGGAUGAGGAGCAGAUCUUCCAGGCCGCUGUUCCCAGACUUCCCCCUGUGUCAAACGGAGGUCACACCACGCUCGUAGAAAUACACCGGAUUCCAUCAACGGAUCAUGAAGAGGCAGAAGUGGAUGAUGCACAGCAGCAGGAGGACGCGGAAACGACAGAAGAGCCAGAGGAUCUCGUAACGUUUUAGAAUCAGGUUUCCACGAUUUUACAGGGAAAACGUCUCCCAAGAAGAAUGUGACCAGAAAAUGUAAAAAAAACAAAAAAAAAACCCAAAAAACCCAAACUCUUUUAUUGUCUCAAGAUGUACAAUUUCUUCUUUUAAUUAGUUUAACAUUGUUUAUGUGUAGAUAUAUUUUUAUUUGUGGACAUCUUGUUUUGAAUGUGCCGUUUGCAAAAACACAUGGAAGAAAUUAAACUGUCACUUUGUUUUUAAUCAUGUGGCUCACUUUUAUUUGCUUUAUUUUAUUUAUUUUGCCAGCUU